CUCCACUGUGUUUUUAAACUCCACACACCUUCACUAGAAUCAUCUGGAUCAUUUCAGUCCUGGAAUUGACCAUUUCUACUCAACAAAAGGUAAAGGAGCUUUUAACUUGAAAAGUCCCACUUGAUGACAUCACAAGGUGGAACAGAGCAUGUCGAGCUUUGGAGUAGAGCCCUCCAACCCGACACAAAGAGUGCGGCGCGGGACACAUUUUGAAAGACUGGAUCCUGCUGGAGCUGAGUGGUUGACUCCAGGACUCAGAAAGUAUUUCUGUGAUCUCACUCUGGAUCCAAACACAGCGAACACAAAACUCAAACUGUCUGACAACAACAAGAAGGUGACACGUGUGACAGAGGAGCAGCCGUAUCCAGAUCAUCAGGACAGAUUUGACCACUGGGCUCAGAUUCUGUGUUCCACUGGUCUGACUGGUCGCUGUUACUGGGAGGUCCAGUGGAGUGGAGAUGUUCAUAUAUCAGUGUCUUACAGAAGAAUCAGAAGGAAAGGAAACGGUGAUGACAGUUUGUUUGGAGGCAAUGAUCAGUCCUGGAGUCUGUUCUGUUCUGAACUUGGUUUCUCUGUUCGUCAUAAUAACAAAGAAACUCGUCUCCCUCAUCCCUGUUCGUCUUCUGGGAGAGUAUCAGUGUUUGUGGACUGUCCUGGUGGAUCUGUGUCCUUCUACACAGUUUCCUCUGACCAACUGACCCACCUCCACACCUUCAACACCACAUCCACUCACACUCUGAUCCCUGGGUUUAGGUUUGGAUUUGGCGCCUCAGUGUCUCUGUGUUCUCCAGACUCACUCUCCUCAGUGUAAAACACGUGACGCACGCCCACCCCCAUUGGUUGAAGAAAGUGAAUGUUUUGGUGCCAGUUUUAUUAAGAGGGUUUUUGUUAUUCAUUUGAUAUUAUUAAGAGUGUUUUAUUUUUUCAAAUAGCAGCUUUUAGGGCAUUAGUGAAUCAUAUAAUGUAGUAAAAUGAUUAUUUUAGCACUUAUAUUAACAUGAUUUAUCUGAUUUUGUUUUUGUAACCUUGUAUAUGCAACAAUGGACUGUGAUACUAUUUUGCACAGGAUGUGCUGCAAUAUGAAACUCGGUAUAAAGGUCCAUGCUCUUUGAACACGGUGUUUGCACCUUGCUAGGUGAGGUGGCCGGCCUACAGAGCAACGUUUGCGGUUUUCAAAGCAUCCUCUGUUCUUGGAGCUGUACUUCUCUAUACUGCUAUGUAUGAAGACUGAUCACUUUGCACGUACAUGAGUGGAGCCCCGUCAAAUCUGAAAAGUAUAAAUAUAUCAAAUUCCACAGCAAAUAAAUUAAAUCCUGAUUUGGUUGCAGCAUUGACCCCUCUAGCGUACCACUGCUAGUAGGCAAGAUUCCAAAUUUGAACUAGUCACGAGGCAAUUUCUCCUAAGGUACUUGCAUAGUGAUUUGUCCUAAUCAUUUUGUAUAUGAGCUUUUGAGUAAAGUUGGAGUCAUCGAGUAGCUGGGCACAGGAUACCCUUGUUGUGAACCUUCUGAGUGUAAAACCUCGAGUAGGUAAACUUUUGCACAGCGAUGAGCCGGUAUUUCCCAGUCACGUGAAUGACACAUUAAAACUGAAUAAAAAGCCGAAAAAAUAAGACAAAGACAAA